UGCAGCUGCCCAUCACUGACUGCGUGAAUUCGCAUGUUAAAUCGGUACAGUUUCAUGCCAACUAUUCGGUUGAAUUGGUGCAAAAGUCAUGGCAACCUGUCAGCAUGAUGUUUGAGCCUCCAUCGGCCGAUUUAUCCACUCAAUUCUUAUCGACCGUGACCAACCAACUGUACAUAUGGGACGUGCUUAAAGAAACGGAACCGGUCCGUCGGUGGCAAGCGCAAGGUCAGCCUUUAAUCAACUGCGCUCGUUGGUCCCCUCAUGCACCCCAAACCCUGAUCGUGACAGGAGGCAACGAUCGGUCGUUAUCCAUCAUGGAUUGCCGCUCCGGCGACGUCGUUUGGUAUACCGAAAAUGCGCAUUGGCGACCAGUUCGCGAUGCCCAAUUCAGUACUUUUAUUCCAUUCUGGCUCGCAUCCACAGGAGAGGAUUGCUUUGUCAAUAUCUGGGAUAUUCGAUUCAUGCAUCACGCUCCCGUAGCCAAAAUCGAUGGUCAUGAUGGCGUUAUCAAUAAAGUAAGUAGUGACCAGCUGACACACUUGGCCUGAGCGUAUUGACUUACGGACAUGGCUGUAGUUGGCUUGGUCCAAUAUGCGACCCGAGAACAUGGGCACCGCUUCGUCGGAUGGCACCAUGCGCAUGUGGAUGUUAAAGGCAGAUUGUUUGCCGGUGUGGGAUUCGUGGCAUCGCACAGCAAGGUAUUCGAAGCAAGAUACACG